AUGAGAGAAAUCCUGACACUACAGCUCGGCCACCUGAGCAACUACGUUGCCACACACUUUUGGAACACGCAAGAAUCGUACUUCACAUACUCAGACACUGAAAGGCCGUUUGUUGAUCACGAUGUACACUGGCGUGCCGGCGUAGGCGCGGAUGGAUCCGAUACCUUUCUCCCUCGAACCGUGGUUUAUGACUUGAAAGGUGGAUUCGGCUCGCUGAGGAAAAUAAAUGCGCUGUAUGAGGUUGAACCCGAUGCGGAGGUAAUGUUAAAUACAAUCUGGGCUGGCAAAUCUGCCGUGCAUAAGCAAGAGCCUCUACAGCAGAGUGUUUACCUCCAGAGUCUCGAUGCGGGAAGUACGCCAGAUAAGUUGGCACAAUCCAACGUCCGAUACUGGUCAGAUUUUUCCCGGACAUAUUACCACCCGAAGUCGCUCAACCCGCUAUACGACUAUGAGCUUCACUCAUCUAUCCAGCCGUUUGAGCGCUUUGACAUGGGCAAGGAGCUGUUCCACACUCUAGACAAGGAGCAAGACAUAGUAGAUCGGGAUUGGCGCCCAUUCGUGGAGGAGUGCGAUCACAUGCAGGGAAUUCAAGUCAUUUCCACCAUUGACGAUUCCUGGGGCGGAUUCGCAUCAUCGUAUCUCGAGACGCUGCGAGACGAAUACCCCAAACAGUGCAUCUGGGUCUGGGGUAUCCAGAGCCCCCUGUUAGGUAUUUCCCGGGAAAAGCGCCGACUACGGUCUACGAAUACAGCACACAGCGUCAAUGAGAUUUGCCAACAGGCAACGAUGUUUGUUCCCCUGUCCCUUCCCGAGCGCCACUUCCCACGCUCGGUCAAGGUCGACUACAGCUCGCCGUGGCACACAUCGGCACUCCUAUCCGCAGCCAUGGAGACCACGACGUUGCCGUCUAGGCUCUUACCUCAAGCAGGUGGUAGGGAGCGGGUGUCUUUGGAUGAAAUCUCGCAAAUAGUCAACACAACGGGCGCGCAGACCCUGGCCGGCCAGAGAAUGGGACUGGGAGCCAGGGACGCCGAUUUCGAAGAGAUGGACAGUUUCGACAUUGAUUUGUUUGGAAUCGGCCGUGUGGACAAAGAUGGCCUUGAACGCACGAAACGAAUCUUCGGCAAGUCGAUAUCGUCACGUGGCGAGGCUAGGCAAGACCCGGAAGCAGAGGAGGGCGAAAAGGAAUCCAGGCGCCGCAUCGGUGACCCGAUAGUGAAGAGAUUCGAUACCGCACUCAAGUUUCCGAUUUUGAGCAGCUAUCCCGACAUUUUCCCAGACGAUGCCGACCAAGAAAGCAUCUCGCUACAGACGGCGCUCUUCACUGACCAAAGCAUCUCGACGCGCAUGAAGGCGCUGAUGAGGCAGGUAACGAGGGCCGUCGGGAACGAGGAGAGAGAGACGCUGUCCAAUUCUCUAGCGGAAAUUGGGGAUGCGUAUCAUGACGACUGGUCAAGCGGAAGCGAUGACGGCGAGGAUGACUAG